CUGCUGCCACUAGACCAUAACACCUUGCCGCACACAAGCACGGGAUUGCUAGAAGCUCUCAGCCCUCACCCUGGCAACAUCUCUUCAGAGACAGGACUGCCGGAACUCAGAAGCCACAGCCAUGAGCAACACAUAUGAUGUCGUAGUCGUUGGUGGAGGCAUCUCAGGCCUUUCAGCUGCAAAACUUCUGUCUGAGUCAGGAAUUAGUGUUGUGGUGUUGGAAGCUCGGGACCGAGUUGGAGGAAGAACUCAUACAGUGCGAAAUAAACAGGUUAAGUAUGUAGAUCUUGGAGGUGCAUAUGUGGGACCAACCCAAAAUCGCUUAUUACGGAUGGCAAAGGAUCUAGGUCUUGAAACAUACAAAGUAAAUCUCAAUGGCCGUCUCAUUCAGCAUACAAAGGGCAAAUCAUACACAUUUUGUGGAGCAUUCCCACCUGCGUAUAAUCCUUUUGUAUAUUUGGAUUAUAACAAUGUCAUGAGAACAAUGGACCAAUGGGCAAAAGAGAUCCCUGCAGAAGCUCCAUGGAAAGCACCUCAUGCUGCAGAAUGGGACAGAAUGUCAAUGAUGGAAUUUAUAAAUAAUACUUGUUGGACACAGACAGGAAGGCGUUUUGCAACCAUUUUUGUGAAUUUAAUUGUUACUGCAGAAACCCAUCAAAUUUCUACACUUUGGUUCUUGUGGUAUAUAAAGCUCUGCGGGGGAACAACAAGAGCUUUUUCUACAGAAAAUGGAGGUCAGGAGAGAAAAUUUGUUGGAGGCUCUGGCCAGAUAAGUGAAAGAAUCAUGGAACGUCUGCAAGGUCGAGUGAUGUUGGAGAGUCCAGUGAUCAAAAUUGACCAGUCUGGGCCGUGUGUUAUCGUGGAAACUCUAAACCAUGAAACCUUUGAGGCCAAAUACAUCAUCAGUGCCAUUCCACCAGUUUUGACUACAAAGAUUCAUUUUGAACCAGAACUGCCAGCAAUAAGGAACCAGUUGAUUCAACGUCUACCAAUGGGGUCUGUCAUCAAGUGCAUGGUAUACUACAAGGAAGCCUUCUGGAGGAAAAUGGAUAUUUGUGGAUGCAUGAUCAUGGAAGAUGAUGACACGCCAAUUGGAUUUACAUUAGAUGAUACCAAACCAGAUGGUACUGAACCUGCUAUAAUAGGGUUCAUUCUAUCUAGAAAAGCAACUCUAAUGACAAAUCUAACCAAGGAAGAGAGAAAAAGAAAAAUAUGUGAAUACUAUGCCAAAGUCAUGGGCACUGAUGAAGCAUUACAUCCUGUGCACUAUGAAGAGAAGGACUGGUCUAAAGAGCAGUACUCUGGUGGCUGUUACACUGCAUAUUUCCCUCCUGGAAUUAUGACUCAGUAUGGAAGUGUUAUUCGGAAACCAGUUGGAAAAAUGUAUUUUGCUGGCACAGAGACAGCCACUGAAUGGAGUGGGUAUAUGGAAGGGGCUAUACAAGCUGGAGAAAGAGCUGCAAGAGAGAUAAUGUUCCAGAUGGGACUUAUCAAAGAAGAUAAGAUAUGGCAGACUGAGCCUGAAUCUGUGGAUGUUCCCGCAAUACCAAUCACUACAACAUUUUGGGAGCGUAACCUGCCAUCUGCUCAUGGAUUAAUUAGGUUUAUUGGCUAUUCUACAUUCUUUGGAAUGGCUGCUGCUGUUGGAGCUUUUGCUUACAAAAAAGGCUUUAUGACGCGAGUGUGAAGAAGCUACGGGAUCACAAUUAAGCCCCCAAGCCUGUCUGAGCUUUGCAUUGGACUGAGAAUUGUGUCAACUAAAUGUAAAUGUCUUUUUUAGGGGAUGGGGGAGAAAUGUUUUUUAACUGAAUUUAUAAAGCUUUUCCUGAAAUAUUCAAGACCACACAAUACAUUUAUAUGUUUGGAUGAGAAAGUGGAAUAUGAAUAGGAGGGGACCUGAAUAGAAAUAUAAGUAAUAAAAAGUAACAAUAACAA